GACAUACAUUUGUGAGACCUGAGAGCAUGAAACACAACAACAUCAUCAAAAUGACUAAUAAUUAAUCAGAAAAUUAGGAAGAUUUGAUUAUUAUUUAUUUUUAAAGGAGGGGAGCCCACAAUAUGAUUGUGAGGACCAAUAAGAAGCCAUAACCUAAAUAAGAAUUCACUGAAGAGACAAUUAAGACACAUACCAAAUCGGAAACUGCUCCUUUUUGGGUCGUCCAUUUACUUCACUUCCAAGCCCUCCCAUUCCAAAGCUACUCUCUCUCUUUCCUCUCAUCUUUGCUUCUUCGUCUUCCAUCUCUCUAUGCCUUUUAGAUUCUCUAAACCCAUAUCUUCACUUCUUCUCCUAAACCACAGGAAUUCUCUCUCUUUCACAUCAUCAUCAUCAUCAUAUGGGUUCGUGUGUCUCCUCUUCUCAAAGCAAGAGCUCAUCCGCCUCUGAUUCCGUCGUGAAGCUUGCCUCUUUCAUCUCUAAACCAGACUCCACACCGCCCCUCAAGACUGACGUCAUGAUCACUUCCUCCACCAUCAACGGCAACCCUCCCAUCGAUUCCGGUCGUUGGGAUUCAGGUUUAUUAUUACGAUAACUAUUCUUUGCGUUUAGUUUAGUUCAUAUCGGCCUUUAUUUUAUUUUAUAUGAUUUAUUUUUGUUUUGUCUCUAGAAACAAUAAUUAAAGGUCUAAUUAACGAAUGGUAGAAGUAUUUAUAUAGUAAUUAAAGUUGUUGAUGACUGUAAGCUUUAGUGCCGACAAAUGUAAAGUGGUUAGCUUUUUCAGACCCAAUCAAGAUGUAGGCACAAAUGAGGUAUUUAGUACUGAUGAAUUACAAAAUCGUAUACUUAUAUAUUAAGUCAAGAUUUGAUUAAAAAAGUUGUUAUGACUUACAUAUGAAAUGGAUCAUGGUCAUGCAUCAUAAAUAAACAUGGGUGAAUGUGCAACCGGGUCUUCUAUAUAUCUGCUACAGUAGCAUUUAGCAGCACAUGGUGGACAACGGUGGCGUACGAUAUAGGUUAGAAUGUCUUCAAGGCAUAUAUCUUUGCGAGAGAUGUGUGAUGGACCACACUUCAAGUUGCUACUUCCAUUUGCUUAUUUAUCUUAAUGUUAAUAAAUGCAUAUGCUCUUAAAAAUUUUAUCGCUAGAAAUUUACAACCGUAUAUUUAGGUGUGUGCAACUAAAAGUAUACUACAUUCACAUACAUAACCUACCAUUUUAAUAUUAGUAUCUUCUUAUUUGCAAUACGUUACAUGAGAUAACAAUGAUUUGGAUUAUGUCUUAAGGUAACAAAGAGGAUAUGAUAUUUUUCGAUUCACGGGGGUGGCUUGAUUCCGACUGCGAUGAUGAUUUCAUGAGCGUUGGUGGUGAAUUUACGCCGUCGCGAGGAACAACACCGGUGCAUCACAAAUUCUGUGACCAAACUCCUCACCAAGGAGAGGAGAACAAACACGGAGAAGAAGAAGAAGAAGCGUCUCCUACCGAUAACAAGAAGAGGCUCCUCGAACUCUUUAAAGAGACACAAGACGAAGAGGAUGAAGAGGAAGAAGAUUACGUGGCAGAAGGCAAAGCAAGAGCAUGUCUCUGGAUAAGAACACCUGUUAGAUCUUCUGCGCCGGCCACUCCUUAUAAUAACAACAAAGAAAGACAGCAAAAAUUCAAGAGAGUGAGAUCAGCUGCUCUUGGUCGCUGCGUUCCGCGUUUGGUUUCCUGUAGUAGCUUCACUGAUCGGCGACGGAAUAUGAUGACUAGUCAUGCCCCUAUUGACGUCCAACGCUAAAGAAGACAAAAAGAAAGAAAAAAAAAACUUUAAAUAAUAUUAAAUUACUAUACAUUAUGUUUCUUAAUUUGUCCUUGAUUGUUGUUUUCCAAAGGAUCGAACAAUGUUGUCUCGUAAUGCUUAUGAUGCAUUGCAUUAUUUGUAAAGGAUCAAGGGAAAGAGGGGGAACCUCCGAUGAAAAGUCGAAAUGCCUUUUAGUGUGAAAUACUGAAAUGUAUGUGGAGGAUAUGUGGAAAGUAUUAAUCGUCAGAUUUUAGUUAACUGGUUAA